AUGCCCGAACCGACAAAAGGAACAGGAACACUAACGGGAGGAGAUUUAAGUAGGUUACUCUCAAAACAAACAUAUGGUCAAUUUAACGCAGGAGGGGGGAGUCAUGGUAGCACAUCCUGUCCUUGGUUGGAAGAUAAGGAGACUGAAGUAAAAAGUAUAUUGGAAGACCGUGGUAUAUUGGAAAACCGUGGGGAUGCUGAAGAUUAUGCAAAGAAGAUAAUAGGUGCCUACUGUGAUGCAUCCACCAUGGAUGGCAAGAAACCCUAUGGAACAUGGUGUCAAUUUUUUUAUUACUGGUUAGGGGAUCUACUAUCUAAUCAAUUGCAUGUUGCAUCCCCUUUCGACACCUUGAAAAAGAUCUACGAAGAAUUAGAAAAUGUUUCUGUUCAAGGGGCUUGUAAAAAUAUAAACGAAAAUAUUAACGAAGAAAUUUUCCCCCAAGUAAAAAUACAUUUCGACUACAAACAGGACUAUGAAACUUUACAAUCACAGUUAGGGAAUGGUGUUAGUGGUGUUGUUGUUGUUAGUGAUGGUGGUACAAAGACUUGUGAUUCAACCUAUCACAAACAUCUAGAGGCCAUUACUAAAGCAUGCGAAGCAGUAGUCGCAGAUUGCGGGGAAAGGGGGCCAAAGAAGAGUGGUUCCUAUUGUGGCCCGCUUCAAGCAGCAGCGGCAGCGAGCACGGACGGAGCAGCUGGAGAAUACUGUAGCACAGAGAAGCUGGACAUACUAACAUGUAAAGAAGUACGAUCUAAACCACAAGUGGAGGAACCUGUAGCACAUAGUGCAGCGGGAAUAGCUGGUUCUACACCCGCCGCAGGGAACCAUGUUACCGCUCCUAUUGUCUCUUCCACAUUGUCUAUACUAGGAUUACCAGCAGCUGCCUUUUUUUUAUAUAAGUACACUUCCUUACCUUCCUGGAUAAGGAACAACAUCUUCGGAAUUAAUAAUAGGAAAAGAAGAAGAUCCAUCGGACGGAACUUGGACACGGAAAUGAAAAAUUUCACUGAUUAUUCCACCGAAUACACGACAGAUAGUUCAACUAUAGCAGAUUCCAUGACAGAAGAGGAAUCUAUCAUAUACAAUAGGAGACCACUACCCAGAAGAGCAGGAAAUGAUAAUGCACGACAGAAGAGGAAUGUAGCUUAUCAUCGCAUAUAA